GAAACGGGAUUCCAAGGGGACAAUUCCCUUACUCUGCCGCCGGGACUCCCUCCAGUCCAUAGCCGGCGGUACCCGGAAAUACAAGAUAACCAAAGUUGACAGAUUUGGACAUUCUCCUAUUUUGAAUCUAUUUGGCAUAACUGGUUUUUCAGGAGCAGUACUUAUUAAUUUACAGGAUGGAGAUUUCCUCACAUCAGUCUCACCUGUUGCAACAACUUAAUGAGCAGCGCAGGCAAGAUGUCUUUUGUGACUGUAGUAUUCUAGUUGAAGGGAAAGUUUUCAAAGCACAUAGAAAUGUGCUAUUUGCAAGUAGCGGCUAUUUUAAAAUGCUUCUUUCUCAGAACUCAAAGGAAACAAGUCAACCAACCACGGCUACAUUUCAAGCUUUCUCUCCUGACACUUUUACUGUUAUUCUAGACUUUGUAUAUUCAGGCAAACUUUCUCUCACUGGUCAAAAUGUCAUAGAAGUGAUGUCAGCUGCUAGUUUCCUUCAAAUGACUGAUGUCAUUAGUGUAUGUAAGACCUUCAUUAAGUCCUCACUUGAUAUAAGUGAGAAAGAGAAGGAUCGCUACUUCAGUCUCUCGGAUAAAGAUGCCAAUUCCAAUGGUGUAGCAGAACGUUCUUCUUAUAAUACUGGGUGGCAUGGAGAAAGCAGCCCCCCACAAUCUCAUUUAAGUCCAGAUCAAGGAACGUGUGCCAUGAGUGGUAAAUCUUGGAGUAAUUACAACUACUAUCCAACUUCCCAACGUAAUACUCAGCAACCCCCAACCAAACAUGAGCAAAGACAAGAUUUAGUUAAAAAGUCCAGGCAUUUGGAGUUACCACAGUCUACAGAUGUUCCUCAAUGUAAGUUAAGCAAACUUGAAGAACGAACUUCUGAGCCUCCUAAUCAUACCCCUCCGUCUGAAGAAAAAGUACAAAAUGAUGCUGGAAUUGAUUGCCCUCCUGUGGGGCUUAAGUAUGGCAAAGGAUCUGAUGUUACACCCAGAAGCCUACCAGAUGAGCUGCCUAGAAUGAGAUUCAAAUGCCCGUUCUGCACACAUGUGGUGAAAAGGAAAGCAGACCUAAAGCGCCACCUUCGUUGCCAUACAGGAGAACGGCCUUACCCUUGUGAGGCCUGUGGGAAAAGAUUCAGCAGGCUAGACCACCUAAGUAGCCAUUUUCGAACAAUUCAUCAGGCAUGCAAGCUAAUCUGCCGAAAAUGCAAGCGUCAUGUGACUGAUCUAACUGGACAAGUGGUACAGGAGGGAACAAGGCGCUACAGACUGUGUAAUGAGUGCCUUGCUGAAGCUGGCUUAGACAGCAUCCCCAUUGAUCUGGAAGCUGAACAACCACUUGUGUCCCCUUCAGAUGGAGAAAAGAAGUCAAAAUGGCAACUGAAUGAAGGAAAAAAAAAAUCUUAUGUGGAGAUUGUAGAGGAUGGGUCUGCUGAUCUGGUCAUUCAACAGGUUGAUGAUAGUGAGGAUGAGAAAGAAGAAAAGGAAAUAAAGCCCAACAUUAGGUAG